CAUGUAACAAAAUGGCGAACCCAAACAUAGGAACGGAAAUACUCACAAAAGGAGUUUGCCUUACAGUACUGGUGGAGUAUUCUUUUGAAAACAUCAUUGCAGUCUUUUUAAUGCAUAAUGGAAAAGAAUAUCGCGGCGUUUUGUUAGAAUGUGACCAAGGAUUCUUUCCACAUGGGAUCCCAUUUUCAAAUAAAGUCCUGCCAGAGAAGCAAACAACUUCAAGAAACUGCUCAAGAUCUCAUAGUGAAGUGAAGCAUGAAUCAGAAAACAAACCUCCAACCGGUGCUGAUUACAAAGACAUGAAAGUUGAGCAGUCUGCCUCUGUCUCACGGUUUUCUUACAAUACCAACCCAUUCCUUUUUAAUCCUAGACCAAUAUCUGAAAUAACUACUGUUGAAAUGCAAACCUUCUCCAACAGACGAAAAACUGUCAGAGACAUAAGGCUAAGGCCGAGGCAAACUUUGUGCUCUAAGUGCAAGUCAGCCAUUCAUGAUACAAAAAAUCACAGCACUACACAUAGUAACUCUCAACAAAAGAGUGCCAACUGCAAUCUAACAUCAGUUUCAAAAUCUCCUCUAAAAAUGGGUCUUGGGGUGGAUCCACAGGCUUCCUCUUCAUUGACUAUUGGUUUGAGAAAGAGAAAGAGUACAUUUCAGACACCUCUGGUUGUCUUGGAAGAUAUUCAGCAUAAGUGUUCUAAACACACCCAUGAAACAAGCUCAAGGGCAGCGACAAGAAACUGUACAUCACCUUGCCUUGCUACUAGGAGAGGUGUGACAAGAAGCAACAGCAGCAACAAACUUUCUGACAUUGCUGAUAAAAAAAGUUUCAGUGUCAAAACUAGGUACAACAGGUCUUCAAGCUCAGGGAGUUGUAACUCGAGCACAAAUGUUGCAGGCAAUGACUGGCUACAAAUUAUCGAUAACCCAGAAGGAAAAAAGUCAUCUAACACUAGUAAAAACGUUAAAAAAGAGAAAGAAGCAUUAACUGCUUCUUUUCACCCGAAGCCAUCACCUGCUAUUAAAAUCACCAUUGGUGAUGGUGCGAUUUUAAAAAUUCCACCACGUUUACCUGAUGAGGAUAUAUUUUUUGAUACAGGACAUCUUCCUGUACCAAAAAUAAAAAUUCUUGAUAUAUCUGUCCCCACAGAUAAUCAGUCACAUAAAAAAGCCAAAAAGGCAGCUAAAAAAGCCAAAGAAAGAGAUAAAUCUAAAUCCAGCAUUAUUAAAGAUGACCUGAAUGUAGAAAUCAAAACAGAUCAUUUUGUGCCUUAUAAAUCUCAGAAAAAGCACAAGAAAAAGCAUAAACAUAAACAUGAAAGUUCUAUCCAAUUACCUGUUGAGGAUGAAGAAGACUUGGUUAAACGAACUGACGGAGAAAAUAAAAUAGAAGAUCUGAGUAUGAAAAUACAUGCAGAUAACAGUUUUGAAGAAAGUAAUGCUGAAUGGGAUAAAAAAAUGUCUGGCUUAGAUGAGGAGAACCAUGAAAACACUGUGCCCGUUCAGGACAGUGUAAGCAUGCAUAGGCCAAGACUUGUGUACACUUGGAAACAAAACCAAGGUCUUUCUCGGGUGGCAUCCUCACCCAAGCAGUCAACUCCAAGUGUCUCACCUAAGUACAUUGUGAAAACAUCCCCUAGCAUUAUGCCCAUUGGGAGUUCUCCUCACCGUAGAAAAAAUGCUUCUCCUGCCCGGGUUGUCAGUGCCUCACCAAACUGGCACUUCACAACUUCCCCAAACAGAAUGCUAAAAGACUAUCCUCUAAGGAGUAAAAGUAGCAGUACAUUUUCCUCAGGCUUAAGCUCUGAAUCUGUACCAGUAGCUGAGUAUCCACUAGUGCAAACAUCUGAGGAAAGUCAAUCCCACUCUAGUGGACUAGACUCCCAUUUAAGUGACUUCAGUGACGAUUCAGGAGAAGACAGAAUGCCUGAUGACUUUUUCCCCGGGACAAACUCCCCACCUCCAGAAGAGGAAGACAAAGGAAUCAUUAAGCCCUUAAUGAUGAAAAUACAGACUCAAAAUGUGACAGGCUGUGUGUUAGAAGAAGGUCGGGAGAUUCAUGUUGGUGAUAUUGUUUGGGGGAAAAUACAGGGUUUUCCAUGGUGGCCUGGUAGGGUAUCUAACAUCACAGUGACACAACGAGACAAUGAUGUAGUCAUUACACAACUAGCAAAGGUUGCUUGGUUUGGGUCCAACACCAUGUCUCACAUGCAUUGCUCAGACCUUUUCCCUUUUCUAAAGGACUUUAAAGUUAGGUAUAAUAAAAAGAAAAAAGGCCAGUAUAGGGUAGCUAUAAAACAGGCUACCAUGGCUGCUCAGUUAUUAGCAGCAGAAACAGACAGAGACUUUGUUUUUGAAGAUUUUGAUUUGCUUAAUUAGGUAUCAUAACAGGUAUCGUAGUUGUGAUUUAUAAAUAGGAUGGACAUUAACUCAACGACAAGACUUGAUUUAGCUAGGACAACCAUAGGUCGUCUGUUUUACUACUUAAAAUUCACAUUUAGUUUUGUAAUUUUAAACAUAAAUAUAAUAAAGUAUAUCUCUUACCACAAAAAUCACUUUCAUUGAUAUUUCAUUUUCAGAAUUUCAAAGAUGAUGUGAAAUUGUAAGUAUACCAAUAAUGAUGUAAAUAUUCCAUAUUUUAAAUUGAUUUUAUAUUUCGUCUAUACACACAUCGAAACAUUAUAAUAUGCAUACUUGAUAGGUAAGUGGGUAAAAUUUUACAUUGUUUAACUGUAGGCUUAGUCUACCUUAGAAAUAUGGCAAACAUGUGGGAAAUUUAAAGCUAAAAUGAAAUUUUUAUCAAGAAUAAUUUGCAUUCAUUUGUAAGAAAACUACUUAUGACUGAAUGUGGUGCUAAUUAUUAUAAUGCUUUAUAAAAAUAUUUUUACCUAUAUUGACUUUGUCUAAGCAAAUUACCAGGGUUCACUAUAUGCAGUAAAGUUUAUAUCUGUGUUUCAACUCAUUAUUUUAUUUUUAUUAAAUGAUCACAAUUAUUUUACUCCUACAAUAGCAUUUAAACUGGGUAAUUUUGUGCUGUGAAUCCUUGUUUAUAAUACUGCUAAUAUUUAUUUGCCUCUUAAGUUUCUAUAAACAUAUCUGCCUAGAAACUUAUGUAACAUUGAUAACAACAAAAUUAGUUCUAUAUCUGGUUUGUUUUACUUUCUUUUAAAAAGAAAGAAAAAACUAAAAGCAAGAUCUUUAACUCCCAAGUUUAUUGUGAUUUGGUUUCUCUUGUUUAUAUUUCCUUGAGGUUUUAGUUACUUGUUUUAUUGCCUCAGUUGUGUCCAAACAAUAAUUUACAUUGCUUGAGUUUUUGUUAAAAGAAAUGUUUUUCUUAUUUCAGUGGCCAGUUUUUUUAAACACAGUAAGAUAAACUUAGAAAUUGAAUUCUGUAUAACUAGUUAACACUUAAUAUAUAUUUAAAAUCUGAAGAGUUGUUUUAAUAGUGGAUGUCUUAAUCUACAUAGUCCACCCAUUAGAAAUCUCAUAUAUCUGUUCACAUUUUUAAAUGUAAUAUAUAUUUAUAUUAAAGGCUGUGUUCUGAUAAACAACAAUUAACUUUCAUAAUACAUUUUGUUUGUUUAAAAAUGUAAUAUUCUUUGUGAAACUACUAAAAGAGAAUAAAUAUGUUUUUGCUUUUUCAGUUUAAUUUUAUGGGUUUUUAAAGCUUUUCAUUAUCCAUCUUACAUUAUUAUUUAUCAAAUGUUUACAUAGUGCAUUCAUAUCCUGAAAAUAAUUGCUGCACAUGAGAUCUUCUACAAUACCUAAAGAUUCUUAAAUUGCAUGGUAAAGUUUUGCUUUAAGCUGUUUAAAAAAACACACUUUUUAGUUUAUUUUUCUGUCGUAUUUACAGUAUACAUUAUUGAAUAUCUAACAUCUCUGAUUCAAUUACAGCUGCUAAUACAUUCUAAAAAAAUUCUACUUUUACCCUAAAACUAUUUUGACAAAAAAGCUAAAAACUUUAAGAACCCACAAAAGAUGAUUGCUGUAGGAAUCCAUAAUUAUGAAAUCUAUUCAGCCAACUUGUUUUAUUUAAAUUUCUUAACUAUUGACAAUACAGGUGAAAAUAAAAGCAGUGGGAGCAAACACAAUUUAAUUUAUCGUAGCUUAAAAAAUUUAAAAGUCAUUUUUACAAUGGAAGUUAAUUUUUGUUAACAAAGAAAGUAAUUGCUGAAAAAAUUUUGGUUUCUUUAUAUAUUAAAUUAAGCAGUGCAAGGUACUUAAAACCAUUGGCUGUUAUCCUGUGACAAGUGUAAUUUAAAUUAUAAUCAGUGAACAAUUAUUUUAUAGCUUCAAGUAGAAAUUUGCCUAAGAAACAAAGUAUUAAUGUUAAAGAAAGUUAUGGAUUUAAAUUUUAUACUUAUAGAAUAUGAUAGAUACUCACUAUAAUAACAGUUUUCUUUAAACAUGAUUUCUUGUCCAUAUCUAAACAAUUAAUUUAUUUGAAUUAGCUAAUUUUAAAAAAAUUAGUGUCAUAAAAUAAGGGUAUAGAUGUAUUAUCCAAAAGUAUACUAUUACUACUAAAAUAAGUACUAUUUUGCUUGAUUUUUUUGCAAGUUGUAUUGGGAUUUCAAUGAAAACAUUAAUGGAUUUUUAUUCUUUAUACUGAGGAAGGUCUUACUAAAGCAUAUCAAUCUUUAAUUAUGUAUAAACAAAAUGACUAUCUUUGAUGUUUGCCCCUGACAAUGUUGUAAUUGGAACGAUUGAUUUUACUUUCGAACAAAAUGUUUCACUCCCUUGUUUACUUUUAGUGAAAAUUGUUUUAAUUUUAUUCAGCUCUCAUUACUUCUAAAUUUAUCUUUUAAAAUUUUUAUUACUUUUACAGAAGGCUUAUAAAGUAAUUAAUAAAAACUGAUGGUAUACUUUUUAUUUCUGGAUUUAGAUAGUAUUCAUAAAAUAAAUACAUUCAUUAACACUUUGAAGCUGGAUCUGCACCUUGAUUGAAAAUUGUUGAUUAUUGUUAGAGAUACAAUGAAUUAAUUAACUCAUUAAAUGACCAUUAAAUAUAUUUAAUUUGAGUCACCACCUGGUAAUCCCUGUGGUAGUUUAUUGAUCAAGGGUUAUAAUUUAUUAUGGUAAUAUUUGGUUUCUCAGUGAAUGCAGGAUUUUUUUUUUUAAAAAGAAAAAGCUUACUUUAGUCUUCCUCUCACUUUUUUCCUAGUGUCUCUAGUUUUUAUUUAUUUUAUCUCUUUACAGUUUUCUACUUAAUAGUUGUCUUCCCUUAACCAUAUUAUUUGUAUUUUCUAAAUGUUUAUUAUCUUUAGUUAUCUGCUCCUGGGCUUACACAUUAGCUUUUGGUUACUCCAUUGUAUUAAUUCACAUAAGAAUUGUGUGCGAGCCCAUUCAAUCCUUCAAUGCUUUUUAAUCAGGUUUCAACAU